CCCAUCCCCCAGCCUGACACCACCAUGCUGUCCCGCCUGAUGAAAGAACACCAGGCCAAGCAGAACGAACGUAAGGAGCUGCAGGAGAAGAGGAGACGAGAGGCUAUCACUGCGGUGACCUGCCUGACAGAAGCUUUGGUGGACCACCUCAAUGUGGGCGUGGCCCAGGCAUACAUGAACCAGAGAAAGUUGGACCACGAGGUGAAGACCCUGCAGGUCCAGGCUGCCCAAUUUGCCAAGCAGACGGGCCAGUGGAUUGGAAUGGUGGAGAACUUCAACCAGGCGCUCAAGGAGAUCGGGGAUGUGGAGAACUGGGCUCGCAUCGAGCUGGACAUGCGCACCAUUGCCACCGCGCUGGAAUAUGUCUACAAAGGGCAGCUGCAGUCUGCCUCCUCCUAGCCUGUUCCCUCCCCCUCCACCACAGCCUUCCUACCUCACCCACAGGCGCAGGAAGGAGGCCGGCAGGCCAUGAAUAAAACACAGCCUCCAAAAAAAAAAAA